UGAAGAGGAUGAGAAGAUGGGUUUACUUUUUGGACUUCUGUGGCUGUUUACCAGCUUCCUACAGGGCGUGCACAGCCAGGGCGUGUACGCUUCGCCUACUGUGCGAAUUGUACAUGCAGGUCAGGCCUGUAAUGUGGAGGAAGAACAGUACAGCGAGAGGGUUUACACCAUCCGAGAGGGAGAGACUCUGGAACUGCAGUGCCUCGUUACUGGACACCCCCGACCACAGAUUCGUUGGACUAAGACAGCAGGUGGAGCCUCAGACCGUCCAGGAAACCUGUCGCUGAACAGUGGAACUCUAAAAAUUGAGAACAUCAGCCGCCAUCAGGGAGGGCGCUACUACUGCAAGGCUGAGAACGGACUGGGAUUCCCGGCCAUUCGCUCCAUACGAGUGGAUGUCUACUACUUGGAUAAACCAGUAAUAACUGUGCAUCAGAGUGAUGACGAAGCAAAGGAGCAGUUCUACUUUGAACGUACCGUCUUUCUUCGUUGUGCUGCCAACUCUAACCCUCCUGUCCACUACACCUGGACCAGAGACAGGGAGAUGCUGGCGGAGGGCUCAGACUCGGGGGUGGAGAUAUACAAGCCAUUUUUCACACAGGGCGAGACAAAGAUCUUGAAGUUGAAGAAUCUUCGUCUGCAGGAUUAUGCUGACUACACCUGCAUUGCCUCUGUCAAGAAUGCUUGCGGCAUUAGAGACAGAAGUACCCACUUUAGUCUGAACAACAGGACAGCUCCUCCCACUGUUAAAAUACUUUUGGAUGAUCCCGUGGUGGCAAAUCCUGGGGAGACGAUCACUCUGGUGUGCAAAGUGAUGAGCGGGCACCCUCCACCAGCACUGAGAUGGUUGAGGGUGGAGGGUGAGGAGCUACCGAAGAGGACCAUUGUCAAAGAUGGCACACUGACCGUCCCUGUUAUUAGUGACGACGAUGGAGGAACCUACACCUGUGUUGCCUCCAACAAUGUAGGAAACCCUGCAAAGAAAUCCAUCACCAUACUGGUCAGAGGCCUACAUAAGGGUCGGUUCUGGAUCACACCAGACCCAUAUCACAAUGAAGACAACAUUCAAAUUGGCCGGGAGGUCAAGAUUAGCUGUCAGGUGGAGGCCACACCUUCAGACGAGCUGCAGUUCAGCUGGCUAAAGAACGGCCGGCCACUGAAGAGCUCAGAGCGAAUGGUCAUCACCCAUACUGACCCUAACAUCUCACCAGGAACCACCAACCUGGACAUCAUUGACCUAAAGUUUACAGACUUUGGCACCUACACCUGUGUGGCAUCACUGAGGAAUGGAGGAAUCCCAGAGAUCAGCAUUGAUGUUAAUAUUUCCUCCACCACAGUUCCGCCUGAGCUUACAGUCCCGAAGGGGCAAUCUCAACUCAUUGUUCUCGAAAGGGACAAUGUAGACCUACAGUGUUUGGUCUCAGGAAAACCCAAACCCAUCAUCAUGUGGUCUCGGGUGGAGGAGAGUGGGCCAGCUGCUGCAGUAGCACCUCUGAUGCCUGAUGGCUCGUUUCAGAUGGAGAGCUAUGAUGGCAUACUGAGGAUCUACAAUGUGACAAGAAAGAUGAGCGGGACGUACCGCUGCCAAACCAGCCAGUACAACGGCUUCAACGUCAAACCCAGAGAGGCCCUGAUCCAUCUGGUGGUCCAAUUCACUCCAACUGUGGAGCCUGUGUACACGGAGGUCCGUCAGGCACUUGGCCGAGCGUUCAGCCUCACCUGCAACUUACUUCAAGCUUACCCAGCUCGCCACCUGCAGUACGAGUGGAAACUGGGCUCACGCCUUCUCACUGUUGGACAGUUUAGCGACCAAAGACACGACACCAGCUACCAUGUUAAAGCUCUGAACCGAGAGGGUUAUGGGAAGUACACCUGUGACAUCACCAACGAGGCUGGGGCAGGUCGCUGCACUUUCCUAGUUACAGGGACGGCCCACAAUCCAGAGUUUUAUUUUGACACGUACCACGCUCUGUGGCAGAACAGAGCUCAAGUCUACGGCUUCAAACUGCAGUGGACUCAGAUGGAGCCCAAUGCUGUGGAUCGAAUUCUGGCCUACAGGCUUGGUAUCAGGCAGAUGGGCCAGACCCGCUGGUGGGAACAGGAGAUUCCUAUUGGUGGAGCCAUCCAGAAGGGUCAGCUGCUGACCUACAACCUGACUGAACUGAUCAAACCUGAUUCCUAUUUGGUGCGCCUCACCCCCAUCACCCGAUAUGGUGAGGGGGAUGCUUCUGAACGCAUCAUUAAAUACAGAGCUCCAGUUAACCCACAUCUCCGGGAGUUUCACUGUGGUUUUGAGGAGGAGGCGUUAUGUUCCUUCUCUCAAGACAAGUCAGAUGAGUUUGACUGGACACGUCACAGCGGCUCCAGAGAGGGCACCACUUACACACCCAACACAGGACCAAGCUCUGACCACACAGGCUCAAACCAAGGUUUCUACAUGUUUAUUGAGACAUCCAGGCCCAGGCUGGAGGGGGACAAGGCCCGUCUGAUGUCCCCAACUUUCAACAUAAACUCCAAGAGUGUCGCCUCCUCCUCCUCAGCCAGCAACAAUCCCACCUACUGCUUUACUUUCUACUACCACAUGUAUGGGAAACAUAUAGGAGCUUUGAAUAUUUUCUUGCGGCAGAAAGGUCAGACACCGACAGAUACCCUAGUCUGGAGUCUAACUGGUAACCAAGGAAACAACUGGCGGCAGGCAAGGGUUAACAUCCACCCAACCACAGCUUUUCAGGUGGUGAUGGAAGGAGUCCGAGGCUCAGGUAUUGAAGGCGAUAUAGCUGCCGAUGAUGUUACCAUUGAGGAGGGCGAAUGCAAAGACUCUCCACCUAACAAUCUGAGAUCAUUUGCUUCGCUGCCAUCAUGUUAUGUAUUGCUACUCUGCAUCACUCAAAGUCUCGUGCUGAUUGGCUGGCAGAGGUGACACCAUCAGCACCUCUUCCCCAUUCUAAUCACCUCCCAUACAAGAUGCCAUGACUUUUGACUAUGGCCCAAGGGAUCUGUUUUGUACCUUCUCACUACAGCUGGAAGACCUGCUGUAGGAAAACCUGCGUUGCUCUGUCAAAAGGAAAUAAAUCCAUCCUUCACUGAA